GCUGUCAGUCGGUUCCCAGCGGAUUCGUCGAUAUACGAAAAAUAGUGAGAAGCUCUCGACGACGAGCCAAUAAUUAUGGAAGGGGCUACUACCAAACCGAGGCUGGUGCCAUCCACGCGUUUUGCGUUGUCCUUGGUCAUGUUUUUUGGAUGUCUUGUCACCUACAUGAUGCGUACGAAUAUGUCGUUCGCAGUUGUUUGUAUGGUUAAUGAGAAUAAGACGGACACAGGAGUGGAGAAGGUCUCUCGUUGUGGAAAGGAAAUGACACCUGUGGAGAGCAACAGCUCGGUGAUUGGAGAAUUCGAUUGGGACAAGCAAACAACUGGAAUGGUUCUUUCAUCGUUUUUCUAUGGAUACAUUGGAAGUCAAAUUAUCGGAGGACAUCUAGCUUCACGUUACGGAGGAAAGCGAGUAGUAUUCGUGACGAUUCUUGGAUCUGCGCUCCUUACACUGCUAAAUCCUGUCGCUGCCAGAACAUCUGAAUAUGCUCUGGCUAUUCUUCGUGCCGCAAUCGGAUUUCUUCAAGGAGCAACAUUCCCUGCAAUGCACACAAUGUGGUCUGUAUGGGGACCACCUCUGGAAUUAUCUGUCUUAACUGGAGUUACAUAUGCUGGCGCUCAAAUCGGAAAUGUAAUUGUACUUCCACUCUCUGGAUUCCUCUGCGAGUACGGAUUUGAUGGUGGCUGGCCGUCGAUCUUCUACAUCAUUGGAGUUUUCGGUGUUCUCUGGACUGCUGUUUGGUGGUAUGUUAGCUCUGACAAACCAGCUACCCAUCCUCGAAUUACACCUGAAGAAAAACAAUACAUCGUAACAGCCGUCGAGGCUUCAAUGGGAAAAGAUACUGGAAAAGUGCCAUCAACUCCAUGGAUCAAAAUUCUAACUUCUCCUGCAGUAUGGGCUUGCUGGGCUGGACAUUUUGCCGGUGAUUGGGGAGCAUACACGAUGCUUGUAUCUCUUCCAUCAUUCUUAAAGGAUGUCCUUGGAUUGAAUCUUUCAUCUCUUGGCGCCGUUGCUUCCAUUCCAUACAUUGCAUACUUUUUGGCUAUUAAUGCAGGUGGAGUCCUUGCUGACACACUACGAUCAAAGGGAAUCCUCUCAACAUUGAACACCAGAAGAGCUGCUAUGCUGGUUGCUCUCAUCGGACAGGGAAUUUUCCUCGUGGCUUCAGGUUACUGUGGAUGUGGACAAGAUGUCCUCGUCAUAAUCUUCAUUACCUGCGGUAUGGCUAUUUCUGGCCUUCAGUAUGCUGGAUUUGUCGUGAACUACCUCGAAAUCGCCCCACCAUUCUCUGGAACAGUGAUGGGAACUGGAAAUACUAUCUCCGCACUUGCUGGUAUCAUUUCACCAGCUGUCAGCAGCUACUUGACACCUAAUGGUACUCAAGAAGAAUGGCAAAUGGUUCUAUGGUUGACUGCUGGAAUUUUGACAAUUGGAGCUCUGUUGUUCUCAAUCUUUGCAUCUGGAGAAGUACAACCAUGGGCUAAGCUGACCGCCGAAGAAGGCCAUGAGAUGGCUCCACUUAGAGAAGGAGAAAAGAUUGAAUUGGCAACCGCCUAAUCAUCAUUUUUAAAUAUUUUAAUCUCUCUCUGUUCUAUUUAGGCUCUUGUUUUAUUACAACCUGCAUCAUUAUAUGUCUUUGAAACCAAUCGAGCUUUAUUUUUUUGUACCACUACCAAAGAUUUCACUUUCGUUUCAGUAUUUAUUAAGAUUUUAUCCAAAGUUACAAACGUUGAUAUACAAAAAUAUCAUAAGCUAUGAUUCAGCAAAAAAUAAACACGUUUCAAUCACC